AUGUCCCCAAACAACCAAGAGAAUUCCUCCCCAAACACCGGCACGAGCACACCCACCUCCCUCUCCUCCUCAUCCUGGGCCAUGCCCUCUACAGUCUCACACGCCGUCACUGGCCUUUUACGAAGAUUCUCCACCGAACCCUCCUCUUCCAAGCACCAGUCUCCCUUACAAUCUCCGUCCUUCUCGGCCUCGAAACAUACCGGUAUGGACGGUGUCUAUACGCCUCCGUACCGGCAAGCUUCUCCAUUCCAGCCGCCGCCUCUAUACCCCGUGCAUUUGAAGGGCUACCAUUCCAGUACGCCACAAUCUGCGAGGCUGCUCAGUACAGCGCUGGCCGAGGAGAUACGGUUGCUGGUACCGGCGAGACUGCAAUUGGUCGAGGACUGGAACUUGGUGUAUAGUCUCGAGGAGGACGGUGUCAGUUUGGGGACGCUGUACAAGAAAUGUGAAGAGCUGAGGGGGCUACGGAAUGGGUUUGUGCUGGUUGUGAAGGACGGCGAAGGCGGGCUCUUCGGCGCCUACUUAACAGAAGCACCCCACCCGGCCCCCCAUUACUUCGGCACAGGCGAAUGUUUUCUCUGGCGCGCCUCCAUCCUGACCUCCUCUUCAAUACCUAGCAACCUCCCUCCUCCGCCCUCAGCAGAUACCAUUAAUGCCGUCCGUAGCACCACCGUCGGAUCUCCUCAGCACGCUCCUCCAGACCUCCUCACAUCCGACUUCGCACCUCCUAAAGCCUCGCCCUCACACUCCUCAUCCUCCAUCCUCUCUCCCCAGACCCCACGGUUUGCCUCCGGCGUGUCCACACCCAACCGCAUCCGCUUCAAAGCCUUCCCCUACUCCGGAGUCAACGACUACAUGAUGCUCUGCGAGACGGGCUUCCUAAGCGUCGGCGGCGGUGACGGCCAUUACGGCUUAUGGCUAGACGACAACUUUGAGCGAGGGAUCAGCAGCCACUGCUUGACGUUUGGAAACGAGCCGCUGAGCGAGGAAGGUGAGAAGUUUGAGAUUCUGGGCGUGGAGCUGUGGAGUGUCGGGAACAUUUGA